GAACAAAUAAAAGAAAUUAUCUUUUCACUUAAAAAAUCUUUUAUUUGUCGCUAGAAAUUAUAUGAUCUUUAUCUUUUUUUUCUUAAAAAAAUAAGUUUUAGUUGAAAAUUGCGUUAGUCAAACAGGCGAUUAAGCAGCACAGGGUUCAAUUCCCAAAGGAUAUAAAACAUGAACCCAAAUGUUGCUAACGAAUAGAUUGUUAGAGGAAAAGAAGCGUUCAGUUUCUAAUCGAAUUGUGUGUGAGUGGGGUUGAUUGAGGUUUGGUUGUUGUCUUUUGAAUGUGUGUGUAACAUGGACACUACAUGUUUGAUAGAAUGUCAAAUCCAUUAGCAUAAAUAAAUUGGUGAUUGGGUGGGUUUUCAGUAUCCAUCAGAUUCCUAAGCUGAGAUUUGAAAGCAAGAAUUUUGUGGGCAACAAUGACUACACUUGAGAGAGAGGCUGCAGCAACUCAGAAAGCAACUUCCUCAUUUAAGAGAUGGGGUAGGAAAACCCCCUUUGUCAGAUAUGGCCUUCCUAUGAUCUCUCUCACUGUUCUUGGCUCUAUUGGCCUUGCCCAUCUCUUGCAAGGCAGCAAGGAUAUUGCAAAGUUGAAAGAUGAUCAAGAAUGGCAAAUAAUUGAAACAAGAAAAGCAUUGACUAGAACAGGCCCAGUGGAUGCAUACAAGCCAAAAAAUAUUUCGUUGGAGAAUGAGCUGAAGGCUUUGCAACAAAAAGUGGACAUCAACAAUUAUGAGUACAAGAAAAUUCCUAAACCAAACGAGGGCAAGCGAGACUAGAUUAGAGUGGUGGACUUAAAACAAUUUUUGUUCAGAAUUUCUGAUGUGCCGGGCUCAAAAUCAAGUAUUAAAGAAUUAAGAGCCAGUUCUCAUCUUCAAAUGAGGUUGUUAUUACCUUGCAUCGUUAGUGUUUUGACUUUUGACUGUGUAUAAAAUUAUGGGCGAGGAAGUAAGAUAAAUUCUGAAUCUAGAAUUUUUGUAUCAAGGAUUUUUAAGUUCUUCAGGGUGAACAGCAAAAGCUACAUGCUUGGUUAUACUGUAAUAAGGGUUGACAACGUUUAAAUGUUUCUUGUCAUGUUUUUCUGUGUCUUUUUACCUUUCUUGCAGUGAGCAUAUUGGAUGUUAACGUAGAGCAAUGCUAAU